AUGGCGUCAGAAAGGGUCUCUGAGACUAUGCCGGUUCCGCCAAGCGAGAACACGAACUUGGAGGUGACCAAGUCCGCUCUCAUGACCAACCACGGUCAUGAAAAGGAAGGCCCAAUCUGCGAAGAGCCUUCCAACGAAAUCUAUGUUGACCCUCUCCUCGAAAAGCGCGUCCUUCGGCGUCUUGAUUAUCGCAACAUCGGCAACGCCUACAUCGCUGGCAUGCGAGACGAGCUCGGUCUCUCUGGCGCCCAAUUCAGCACUGCCGUCAGCGUCUUCUUCGCUACCUAUGUUGCGUUCAUGGUCCCUUUUGUUCUGGCUCUGAAGAAGUUGAAGACGCACCGCGCCAUUGCUGUCAUGGCUUUCGCCUGGUCCAUCGUCACCAUCGGCACGGCCUUCAUCAAGAGCUACAGCGGGCUCCUGGCGUGCCGCAUCCUUCUGGGCGUCUGCGAGUCGGGUUUCUUCCCUUGUAUCAGCUCGUACAUCACCAUGGUGUAUAAUCGUCAUGAGCAAGGUCUGCGGUUCUCCUAUCUGUUCGCUGCAAUGGCCUUCUCAGGCAUGUUUGGCGGGCUUGUAGCCACGGGAAUUACCAAGAUCGGCAGUGCCGGUGGGAUUCCGUCGUGGAGCUGGCUGUACAUCAUUGAGGGACUCAUCUCCCUCACUGUUGUUCCAUGGGCGUGGUUCGGACUUCCCGAGCACCCAGCCACGGCCAAAUGGUGGACACCCGAGCAGCGUGACACCAUGGAAAGACGCGAGCUGAAGCGUCAGGAGUACAUGGGCACCGAGGCGUUUGAGUGGUCGCAGGUCUUCUCCGCUCUCCAGGACUGGAGGCUCUGCACAGGAGCUCUCAUUCAGUUCUUCCAGGACGUCAUUCUAUAUGGCUUCAGCAGCUCCCUCCCUUCUAUCCUCUGCGACGGACUUGGCUUCUCGAGGCUCGAGGCCCAAUAUCUCAGUGUCCCAGUGAACCUCCUCGGCGGCAUCUCCUUCUUCGUGGCCGCCAUGCUAGGCGACAGGUACGGACUUGGCGGCAGCAUCCUGCUGUUUCUCGACACCUUCGCUGUUGCCGGCUACGCCAUCCUUCUGUCCGUGUUGAACUCUGGCGUCCGCUACUUUGCCUGCUUUCUCAUCGCCUUGCACCUCUUGGAAAAGAACAACUCAUUAUUGCUCACUUGA